UUUUUUUUUUUGUGGAAAUAUUGUAUAAUUUUUAAUUAAAAAAACAAAACAAAACUGAGCAGUUUGUCAUGGUUACAAAACUUAAGCAUAGAAGAUGCAGGACUUUGCUGACUCUCCUCCGCAUCUUCUGUACCCUAGUAGUGUUCAGUCCUCUCCCUCCCCCCCCGUAAUGAUAAAGACAUCUCUGGGAUGCCCUACACUUUUUACCCUUUGUGGAGUAGACAAGAAGACAAAGAAAAUGGAGCAGAACAAAACGGCAGCCAAUCGCUACCGGCAGAAGAAGAAAGCGGGACAAGAGUUAAUAUCUGCAGAGUGUCGAGAACUGGAACAGAAAAAUGAUUCCCUCAAUGAAAAAGUGGACUCUAUAGCAAAAGAGAUCCAGUAUUUAAAAAAUCUAAUGGAGGUAGUUCGCAAGGCCAAAAGCAAACAAGCAAAACGUUCUUGAGACUGGAAAGUUGGAGCGUUGUGUAUGUUGUACAUAUAGGUUAGUUGGUUAAAAAAACAAGUAAUGUCUACUCCAAUAAAUUAUUUUGUAGUUCUCUAA